AUGGCACAACCGCUCGACCGCAGCAUCCGUCCUAAAGCGGGUCCGGCUCCUGAAAUAAAGUUGGGCAAAACCGAAAGCUUUACACUCCCUAACGGCAUGCGUGUUUUUGUGGUGGAGAAUCACAAGCUUCCUGCAGUGACCGUUUCCAUACAACUGGAUGUAAAACCAGAAUUGGAAGGCGAUAUGGCCGGCUACGAGGAAAUGGUAGGCGAACUGAUAUCUGCCGGUACCAAGACUCGCACCAAGGACCAGCUUAAUAGCGCGAUUGACGCGAUUGGCGGCCGUAUCAGCGCAUCUUCAGAAAGCAUUUUCGGCAAUAGCCUGAAAAAACACCAGACUACUCUGCUGGACCUGAUGAGCGAUAUGCUGAUCAAUGCGGAUUUCAAACAGGCGGAACUGGACAAGCUGAAAACCCAGGCCAUGUCGGGUCUUGAAGCUGCUAAAAACGAACCGGAUGCCAUGCUGGAAAAUGUAACCAGCUAUAUCAACUAUGGUCCGGAGCAUCCUUAUGGCCAGGUGACUACAGAAGCUACCGUAAAGGCAAUCACGCUGGACCGUUGCAAAAAAUACUACGAGACCUACUUCCGUCCCAAUGUAGCUUACAUGGCUAUUGUAGGUGAUGUAACGAUGGCGGAAAUGAAACCAUUGAUCGAAAAAUAUUUCGGAAAAUGGCAAAAGGCUGAUGUGCCUGUAGCUAACUACCCUGCUGCUAAAAAAGGUAACGGAACACGUGUAGGUCUUGCGGCCCGCGACGCUGCGGUACAGAGUGUAUUUAACAUCACCUACCCGAUUGACCUGAAGCCAGGCGAGCCGGAUGUGAUCAAAGCGAAACCGCAAGCCAGAUACUCAUUAACUCACGAAUUCAUUCGUGAGAAAGCACCCGGACAAUAUUUUCAACCAUCAAUCAACAAUUGCCUCGAUCCAACGCCGCACAAGUAUAACAACUGGCUUCGGAAAUACAGCGGCUUUAGCCGCAAGCCAGAUACUCAUUAA